AUGGCAAGGCAACGCCGUGCUGAAGGGAAGGAGUCUGUUGCGAGAGGAGGAAAGUCCAGUCAAAGAGCCCGAAGCAGCCCACUACCAUCUUCGAGUUCAUCUGGCCAUAUUAACAGGAAUGAAUCUUCCGUUACCUGGUCUACAGAUAGUGCCGAUGAGGACUACGGAACCUUAGACGAGGAUGAAGAAGACGAACUGGAUAGCGUCGAGGAUGACGAGGACGACGAGGAAGAGGAUAUGGACCAAGUCAUACGGAAUUCCAAAGCUGUUGCCGCUCCUCGUUCUGCCGGUGCCACAUCGUCGUCCAGCGCAUCCAGCUUACAUCGUCCGACGCACAGCAGAAGGGCGGACACCGUGGAGAAGGAGACGAGAGCGAUGCUGAAGAAGCGUGUUCACCAGGCUAGAUCGAAGGUGUCCAAGAAUCGAAAGGCCCGGAGCGCAUACCUGCACCUCCGAACUGGCGUAACUGGACUGCACGGCAGAUUCGGAAGGUCAUGA